AUUUUAUUUGUAUCGCCAUUUCAUUUAUUCAGUGAGAUGGAGAAUUCAAGAUUUCAAAGUGAGAUAGAAAUAAUAAAAUCAUAUCGCUGAAUUCAGUGCAUUUCGUAAAAAAAAUAUUUUUAAUUAAUAUCAAGUUUACUGUGAGACAAUAUUCUUUAUUUAUAAAAGUGUAAUGAGAUAAAGCUACAAUGUUCACAACUAACGCUGUACAAGCCGGUUCGGUUCCGACCCUCCAAUACCAGGAGCAUCCACAAAAAUCACAAGGAAAAAACAUCGAAAAUGUUCAACAGAAAACACAACAAACACAACAAACACAACAGGAAUUUCCAACAUUCUGUUAUACAACUAAUGUUAAUAUGAUUGGCAAAAUUGGUACCGGGGCAGCUGGUGGAGCAGGUGGAGUCACUGGUGGUGUAAACAUUGCACAACUAACUACCAGCGAUGACAAAACAUGCUACAUAGCUCAGCCAUUUUCAUACAACUAUGCCCUUGUAAAUCAAAUGCAAAUUGCACCAAAUGGUAUUCAGAACACAAUAUCAAAUAUUAGUUUUAAAUGUGAUGUCUGUGGAUUGAUGUUCGGCCACCUCACAUUACUUAAUGCUCAUAAAAGGAUACAUGCCCAAGAUGCAGAUAGCAAUAUAACAGUCGUGGCAACAGGAGUCAGCACAGCUAAUGAAGUAACAAUGCCACCUCAUAUACAAAUCCUUUCAACAGAUCCAAAUGAUCAGCAACAACAUCAUGUUCAGAUUCAAGACACUAAACCAGUAAUCAUUGACAAAGUCCAAAAGUGUAUUACAUGUGGAGGACCAAUAGCUAAUAACCCCAAAAGAAAAGGACCGAAAUUAAUUAGAUGUGAAAACUGCAUAGCUCAAGAUUCAGUUGAACAAAGAAAUAACCAAAUAAAUUCAACACAAAUAUUUGUAGCAACAGAAAAUAAUGUGAAAUUUGAAGUGGGUGGUGUCAGUGGAGUUCAAAAUGCAACUGAUCCUUUAGCAACAGCACCAAGUAAUCAACAGCAACAGCAACAACAACAACAAAAACCUUUACCUGGACAUCAUCCUGUGAAAAAAAGAAAUUUAGCAUCUGUAACAAAGUGUCAAAACUGCAAUGGUUCUGGUAUAGUUUUUGUUGGUGGAAAUAAAAACAAAAAUAACCAAGCGAAUGCAGACAAACCAUUUCAUUGUAACAUAUGUGGUGGCUCCUUCUCAAGAUACUCAUCAUUAUGGUCUCAUAAAAAGUUACAUUCUGGUGAAAAAAAUUUCAAAUGUGGCAUUUGUGGGAUUGCAUUUGCCAAGGCUGUUUAUCUUAAAAAUCAUUCAAGAAUACACACAGGAGAAAAACCAUACAGAUGUCAAACUUGUGGAAUGCAAUUCUCACAGUCUCCACAUUUAAAGAAUCACGAAAGAACACAUUCGGGAGAGAAACCAUAUGUGUGUGAGGUAUGUGACAAAGGUUUCGCGAGGCAUGCGACAUUAUGGAAUCAUCGUCGUAUACACACAGGCGAGAAACCUUACAAGUGUGACACAUGCGGCUCAGCGUUUAGUCAGGCGGCUCAUCUUAAAAACCAUGCAAAAGUGCAUUCCGGAGAGAAACCCUUCAAGUGUGAUAUUUGUACUGCUGCAUUUGCAGAUCGCUUUGCGUUGAAGCGACAUAGAGGGAUACACGAUAAAUAUGGUCAAACUGCCCCAUUACCUUCAAGAAUACAACAAAAUCAACAAGAGCAACAAGGGUCUCAACAGCAACAAUCUACUGAACAACAAGGAACACAGACCACUGUUGAAGUUGAACUUCGUAAUGAUCAAACUCUAUGAGUUUAGUCACUAAUUUAAGUUCUAUAUUUAUUCCCCACCCACAAUGUAAGAUUUAUAUUACCUGAAUAUAAAAGCACAUAUUUAUGUUUCUGUACAUAAUUUAACUCAUAGAAUCAAUUCUAAUUUAACAGGAGUCAGUUAUAAUGUAUAUUUAAAGACUUUACAAGGAAGUAAUCAUGAAAUAUUGUAAAGUGAAUUUAUUACUAUGUAGUCUAUAUUUAGCAGAUCCUUUGAAAUUGUAGGAAUAAAUCGGUUGCAUAUGCAACAAAACACUGCCAAUACAUUUAAGUGUGAGAUACAACCAAUUGACAGAUUUAUUUUUGUAUUUUUAGUGUCAUAUGUACAUUAUGUGCACCUGUAUAGAUGGGCUUUUUGAAGGGCUGCUUAUUUGAGCCCAUGUAAUAUAUUAAUAAUAGGAAUAUCAUUGGCUGUGGAAUUAAGAAAAUGUGUUUUAUAUCAUCAUCUUUUGAUAUGAAAUUGAAAACACGGUACUGUUGUAACAUUUCUCACACAUGUAAAUAUUAGUAUGUAUGAUAGAUUAGUAUAGAUUAAAGAUGACGAUUUAAUUAAAUUAGAUGGAUUCAAGGAAAUUUUUAGUAAAUGGGAUGAACUUGUUAACUUAAUUAUUAUUAAUAAAAAUGUAUAGUUUUUUUACAAUUCUUGUAAUUAGUUAAUUUUGGUCAGAGGUAAUACAACAAAUCGUCCCAUGUCAAACCAUCAGAAUGAUGCUUCUCUGUAUUAAGACUACAUUUUUUAAAGUAAUAAUGACCGAAAUACAUAGUAAGAAGAAAUAGAAACCA